GUACGCUUGCUACCUACUGAAUAGUAUGAGGGAACUUCAGCUCUCUUGGCAACCGGUGUUUUCCCUGUCUAAAAAACCAGUCAGACGGUCGAGGACCCGCCGGCCUAAUGCCAACCCUCACCAACUCGAAUUUAUCGUAGAGCAUCCGGCCCAGGACCGGCCCUCUAUACAGUCGGUAAAAGAUAAUCUAUGUUCUCUUGAUCAAAGAUCCAAUAAUUCUUCUACAAGGUCUAGUAUCAGCAGUCCUGACUUGAAGUCAAGCCAAGGAGCCACUACGGAGCGCCCCUCGUAUGCACGCGACAGCAUAAAUCAAUGUAUACCCGGCCAUUUGUCCACGUCUCUGGCCGAAUGCGAAGCUGAAAAGGCUGAGUGCAGUCUACCUAGCCUCAAUGCUCAAUGUGAAGAAUUGUUCAUUCCCACCUCAAUACCAUCCAGUGUCUUAUACAGUACCCUUGGUCAGCGGUACUACAAUAUCCUUGAACGAUUACCGAGAAAGCUCGGUUCCCAAACCCAUGUUCCUCGUCCAUGCGGUGAUGGCUUUAGCUGGUCACCAUCUCGAAAGCACAUCCACCGACACCCAUCGUCAUGCCGCACUUCAGUCACUCCGCCAGAACCUUGACAAGUACAACAGUACAAAACAUAGAGAAUCUAUCCUUGAUACCAUUAUCAUCCUGUUUUCACUAGAUGAAACCCAGUCUGCCCUUGGAACUUGGCGAACCCAUCUCCUGGGAGCAUACGGCCUUUUCGAAGCUUGCGGCGGCAUCGAGAAGUGGGCCACCUCCGCUAGGACACAAGUGCAAAUAGGAAUACUGUUAUGGUGGGAUGCGAUCACAAGUCUGGUCAACAGGGAAGAUUGUGUGCUCCCUUAUGCUUAUUUUGAAGCCCUUAUGUCAGGGUACAACGGCCAAGAGUGGGACUUUUUCCGUCUAUGCGGAUGUCCACUCAGUCUUGUGAAGGUAGUGAUGCAACUAGCACGAUUAGCUGCAGAACAGCGAAGAUCGUCCUUAAACCAGUACACUACGUUUGAUACGACGCUCCUAUCCGCACUUGAAAAAUCACUUGAGUCGUGGCAUCAUAUUUCGCCAGUUACCGCCUUUCACAACGAAGAGAGCAUGCAGCAAGACGUAGACAAUAUGCACUGCGCUGAAGCUUGGAGAAACGGGCUCCUCCUCUAUCUAUAUAGGGUUUUCCGGUGGAUGCCCGGGUGUAGUGUCCCGUUUCAUAUCUUGUACCGCGCAAGAACUAUAAUGGACCAUGUCUUUGCCUGCCGCGACAAAUGCAUGAUCUCCAGACAGGCCUUGCUGCCGCUCUUCUUUGCAGGAUGUGAAUUGCAAGCCCCCUCAUCGCACAGGAAGAUAUUAAAUCUCUGUGCGUCUUGGAAUGAUAGGACAAGAUACCACAUGUUCAGCACCACCAUGCCACUACUAGAAGCGGUAUGGGCUGAGCAAAAGACAAACGGCUUCGAGAAUGUUUGGUGGGGGCAGAUCAUUGACAGGCAGCACUCAUCCGAUAGCCAUUCUCCUCUGCAGGUGCGGAUUUGCUUUGGCUAGCCAGCGCAUUUUCUUUUGUCAUGUCCUUUCGUAACGGUCAUUUUUCUGAUGACUAUCUAAUUUGGAGUUACUAUGUUUUCUUGAUAUAUUUAUCCAUGCCAAACUGCCCACAGACUGGUAUUAUGAAAAUCUAUAAAGCGCUCUAACACAGAGAACCGCAUUGGCGCACUAUACGUAUGGAAAAGUCCCAACUUAGGGACCAGGUCCGACAUCUCGCAACCCGCUGCAUCAAUAUAGAUGAUACCGGGGGGUCUUUCGUGGGGAGGCCGCAUUGCUAAUAGACAAAUUGGACUGCCCACUUCACUCAGCCGUGG